AUGGUUUCAUUUUUUUCUGUUUUUGGAUCAGAUCCUAAUUCAGAAGUGGUGGCGUUGUCGCCAAGAACCCUACUCGUGACCAAUCAAUAUAUCUGCGAGAUCUGCAACAAGGGUUUUCAGAGGGAUCAGAAUCUGCAGCUGCACAAAAGGACUCACAAUCUGCCGGCGAGAUUGGAGAGGAAUGAAACGGCGGCGAGUAGGAGGGCACAGGCGCCAAAGAAGGUGUAUGUCUGUCCGGAGAGUAGCUGCGUGCACCAUAAUCCAGAGAGGGCGUUGGGGGACAUAACCGGGAUCAAAAAGCACUACCGGCGGAAGCACUGCGAGAAGAGAUGGGAGUGCAACAAGUGCUGGAAGAAAUAUGCCGUGAUGUCUGAUUGGGAGGCGCACCGCAAAACGUGUGGGACAAAGUACUACUACUGCGGCUGCGGAAGCCGGUUUACAAGGUAA